AGAAGGCACAAAAGGGCUGUCAGUCUCUUGCCAUAAGACCCAAUGGUGCUUGUAGGGAAGGCUGGGAAUUAGCCCAGGGAAGAGGCUGAGUGUGGGAAUAGAUCCUGUUUAGACUCUUAAACUUAGCUGCAGUCAGUGCUGCCAAAAGACAUCAAGCUUUGGGUUUGUUUACUUAGUUGGUGUCUUUUCAUUUGCAUGUUAGAUUUGUAAUGCUGAUUUCCAAGAUCAAAUUUAUUUUCUUUAAGAAUUUUCAUAGAAAGGAGUGGGAUGGAGAGAAUUUUAUUGUGGAAUUGCAGUCAAAAUAAAUACAAGCGGAACUUGUCUACAUGAGGAGGUUUAGCAGGGAAGCUGCAUUGGUAGUUAUACAAGUGUGUCCCCCAUGUAAAUGUGUUUACUGUGGAAAGUUUUAUGUGUGUUGUCCUGGCAGACUACUGACAUUCCGCUACAGCUUUGCUGUAAAAAGUCCCUUGUACGUAAACCAUCUAGAGAAGAAUGCCCUGUCUGUUAAUUAAACCAGUUGUGGUUUGAUUUAGAGGAGCUACAUGGCCUCUGUGAUGUGAACUCUUUAUCUCUAGUCAGGAUGCAAUACAGUGGGCACAGUGAGCAGUGCCGUGAGUUCUGUGUGUGAUGGCUGCGUGGGGGGAGGGACUUUGCUGAGGGCCAAGUAGACGGAGCCCAUGGAUGCUCAGGAAGUGUUGGCCACGUUGUUCCUUCAGUUGUAGGGCAAUGACCUGAACGCUCACUGUGGCUGAGUCCCUAGAAUGAAAUAGUUUCUGUCUUGUCUUUUUGGAAGUAUGCGCUGAACCUCUCCCCAAAGCAUAGCUCUCGUUCUCUUGGUACUGAACAAUACCCAUAAGAUAUUCCCAAGGUGACCUGUUAACUACAAUUGGGUUAUAAUAUAUUUUUUAAAUAAGUUUGUGUUCUGUGCAAUAUAACAUAUAGUUGUCACAUAAUACUAAUGAGCGUUAAGUUAUGUUCUUUACAAUUAAAGUAAUGCAUUAAUGUAUUAAUAUUUGUAAAGCUAUAACAUGAUUUUUGUGAAGUGUUCUGAGAAAUUUAGCCCUGCAAAAAACUAACUCUGUGAUUACAGUGGGAUUCAAAAUUCUUCUGCAACUGAAGUUAGGUAAAAUAUUCCCUAAGGAUGUUUUUUAUUUUUAACAUAUGUGCGUGCAUGUAUGCAUAUAAAUACAUGUAUAUGUGUGGACACAUGGAAUUUUAAGUGGAAGUGUUAGGAGCUGCUGAAUCUGGUAAUCUGACAGAGACAAAGCUGCUCUCUUCCCAAGGCCAUAAACUUUCCUUUUGUUCCUGAGUUCCAGCCUAAGGUCUCUGCUCAGCUAGACAGGUCUACUACCCCAACUUGGGGGUGUUGUUUUUCCUCUCUAUUCUGCCUCUAAAGAAAGAGGUACAGGAAGACAGAGACAGGAUACUGUAGGAUUGCUGCUGGUAGACUUGUGUUGGUGGCAAGGGUUGGGAAGGGAAUUUCUGAAGUCACUGCAGAGAGUAAGAAGUCUGCAGGGCUGAAUGGAACCAUGGCUGCUGCUGCACUUGGACAUGCUGUAGAGUUCCCUGAGAGAAAGUCUCUGCAUCAGCACUGCCAUGAUUUCUCCUCAGGCUUGAGUGUGGCCAAGUCUGGGGCUGUUUGGCAGUUGCCAUGUGCAUUGGAAAUGUGAAGUCCUGGCUUGAAUGAGUGAUUGAGUGCCUUCUGGGAAGGCAGGGCCAGCCCAGGGGAGCUCAGCUGUAUGCAAUGUACCUGAGUGACCAGAAAGGCUUGAGCCAGGAUCCAGCCCUUGGCAGACCUCAUUUAAGGGUUGGCAGUGGAGGUGAGAGGCUCUUGCUGGAGAUCCCUGCAUGCCUGUGGCCUUCUGAAGGUUACAUAUCACGAGUACUAAAAAAUUACACUGACCAUGCCUGUGAUGGAGAGUAUGUCUCCCUGAGAUGCCCUCACAGAACCACCAUCAGCAUCCAGUCGUCUUUCUAUGGCAGAAUUGUUCCAAGUCAUCAGAUGUGUCCUUCUCGCUAUCCCCACUCCUAUGCGACUUUAAUUAAGGAAGAUGUUGCCUGCUCAGUUGGCACUUCCCUUCAGAUGCUGGACGAGUGCCAGGAUAGACGGAGCUGCCAGUUCCUUGUCAAUAGCCGGCUGUUUGGCAUAGAUCCGUGCCCUGGAACAGGCAAAUACCUCCUCGUGUGGUAUAAGUGCAGGCCAAAUGAGUACAAGAGUAAAGUGGCCUGUGAAGAUGACAAGCUGCGGCUAAGCUGUAAGAAGAGCAUGGUGAUAGCCAUUUACUCUGCUAUCUUUGGAAGGACACAAGGAGGCAGCCUGGAGUGCCCGUACCAAAACCUAGGGAUGCCCACAAUCGAGUGCAAGUCAGAUACUGCUCUCCAACUCAUGAUCAAGCGCUGCCACGGGAAAAGAAGUUGUAGUAUAUAUGCCAGCACCUAUGAAUUUGGAGAUCCUUGUUAUCCUGGCAUCCAAAAACAUCUCAAUGUCAUCUAUACCUGUGUUCCCAGGAAGCUUCUUCAUGAAACCCAGCCAAGGCCAGUCAGUUACCAAGGAUUUCAGAAGCCACAUUUUCCACUGCAACCAAGGGUGUUUGAUCCCAAUGUUAUAGGAGACGGCGUGUUCCUUUCUGAUGUCUCUCCUCCCAGUAUAGGGCGUGCCCUCCCAGCAGAGAAGAAGAAAGGGAGAUCGGCCACGUUCUACCCUCUGGACAACACCCCCUUCCUGCUUCCUGUGGAUGAGACACAACCGCCAGCGUUCACCAGCAGCAUGGAGCCCGUGGGCGUCAGCACAGAAAUGGCAUUGCUCAGCAACGUCCUGGCAGCGUACGCCUUCGUCACAGAAAACCCCGAGCGGGCCGCUCUCUAUUUUGUCUCCGGGGUGUGCAUUGGACUCGUCCUGACCCUGCUGGCCUUGGUGCUGAGGGUGUCCUGCCGCACCGACUGCAAACGUUCCUCGGCCAAAAAACCUCCCCGGGAACGGGAGAGCGCCAGCGCCAGCAGCGACAGCGAGGACGACUCGGACACCACGUCCGACCUGUCAGCCCGCAGGCACCGCAGGUUCGAGAGGACUUUGAACAUGAACGUCUUCACGUCGGCAGAGGAGCUGGAGCGAGCGCAGCGGCUGGAGGAGCGGGAGCGCAUCAUCCGCGAGAUCUGGAUGAACGGCCAGCCCGACAUCCCGGGGACCAGGAGCCUCAACCGCUACUACUGAGCGCUGGGAAUGCAGCCAUCCCGCUCUGCACCCCGGGAUCCUCCGCCCGGGCCCGGCAGAAGAGAGAGUGCUGAGGAAUGCCAGGGUGGGGAGUCUCCUCUUUUCCUUCCGGGAGUGCUGCCCGGAGCUGUGAGCUGGACAGCAAUAAAGCUUUCGCCGUCUCCUUUUCCAUGACGUAUGACUGUCACCCCUCUUCAUGGACACUUUCUGGUCACAUCAGAGGUGGCUGCCAUCUUCAUUUCCGAGUGGCUGGCACGGAGCUGACAGUUAGAGCCCUCCUGUGCGGGGCGUGGAGCUUGGCACACCGUGGUAUGAGUGCUCCCCUCUUGGCUGGGGAGAGAAGUCUCAUCCAGGGCUUGGUUUUCAUUGUGGGAUGUUGGGUUUCUCUUUCCUGUGGACUUUGGGAGAACUGUGAGCAAAGCUCCAAGUCUGGAGAGAUGCCUGGGGAGGGCAGGGGGGUGCGUCAUGAUUGAUCGUCUUGUGACUUCAGAAGCCGUGAGAUGAACCCAAUUAAAACCCAACGGCAGAUAUCACCUCUUAAGAACUGGGGGAGGGGGGCGGGGGGGAGUGUUCUUCCAUCACGAAAUCUUCUCGGUGCUUGGAUGUUUGCCAUAGUGUGUUCAGUUAUUUAUGGCCGUCUUUUCAGAUUCCUUUUCAAUGGGAACAUUUUUUUUAACCAACACCUCAGGGAUAAAAUCCUAUAUAUAUAUAUUUUUUUUGGAGUCUGUUCUCCCUGCUGGCCCCUGUCAAACACAACCCGACUCACCUCCAACAGUGAAAUUAUGGUAAUACAAGAGAUGUGUCCGUGAUUGGUGAGAUGUUAACAACCUCAAAGAGGUUGAAAAGGCUUUUCUUUUUGUUGGUUUUGUUUUAAAUCUAUAUAUAUAUAUUUGAAGAUGCUGCACAGGAAUGUGCCUUAUUCUUUUUUUGUUGUUAAACUGAGGUUUUCCUAUGGAUAGCAAUGCACAAUGUUUUAUAUAUUUUAUUAAAAAAAUUAAAAAAGGAAAAGGUCUAUGUUUACUAGAAGAAAAUGGAGACAAAAGAAGCCACGUAUAACAACAGAAUGGGUAAUAAAUGCUAAAUAAAUUCUAG